AAACAACAUACAUCAUUAAAAUGCUUAGAUAGCUGUCAAAUAUUUCAACUCAAAUAGCAACCUCAAAUAGCUACCUCAAAUCGACAAUUACGACUCUGAUUUAUUAUUCAAAUCGUGUGCAUCCAAGGUUUCGUUUCUACUCACUCAUUUGCUUAUUUUGCACUCGAGUCAUCGCGACGACAUGUAUGUAUGUAUACUGAAGAAUGAGUAAAAUAAAUAAGUUAUUAUUUAUACGAUUGUGUAAGUUUUCGUGCCUCCGAAAUGAGCCGUUAAAGGAGUUGGCUCCGUAUUACGACUCUUUCACUCUGAGUUAACUGACUGAAAAGAGUUGUUAUUCUCAUCGCUAGUUGGAACAAAAUACGCAACCUCACCACCACCACAAGAGAUCAUGAAUUGCAGACGCUGUAAUGCUAUUUUAUACAUCAAAAUGAAUUAAAAUUCAUUAGAAACAAACUUUUGGCCGUUAUCCUAUUCGGGUUUUACCGAAAACGGAAACAUAAAAUUUUCGUUUCAUUUAUUUUUCGGUUGUGUGUAGCCGCGGCCUGAUAUAUUUUGGACCUGUCAACUUCAAAUCGAACGUAGAAUCUCAUUGACGGAAUUGAGCAUAUCCUUCUAUUGUUUUUCUUCCAUUCUAUUCUAUUGUCAAAAUUGUGUGCAUAGGUAUGCUAUCGUAAAUUGUCUGUAGAAAAAAAUCAGCGGAAUUUUAGUUGUUUCUAUUCGUAAUGAGUGUGUUAUUUUUAUUAAAACAAGUCAAUUCUGGUUCAGUACCGUGACAAUAAACAUAACAUCAUACAACAUUCACAGUUCAUUUGUAAGAUUGUUUAGAAUAAAGCAACGAUGUGCCGUCGACAAAAAACCGUCAUUUGUUGGAUUGGUUUUGCUUUAAUUUUUGGUACAAUUGGCUUAAGUCUAAGCGCUGCAAACGAUCCUUACACAAUCCUUGGUGUACAUAAACGAGCAUCUGUGCAGGAUAUACGCCGUGCAUACAAACAAUUGGCCAAGGAAUGGCAUCCCGACAAAUCUAAACAUCCUGAAGCGGAAACCAAGUUUGUGGAAAUUAAACAAGCCUACGAAUUAUUAUCAGAUACGGACCGUAGGCUUGCUUACGAUCAGUACGGAAUAACAAAUGAAGAUGCAGUGCUGGAACGAAAUCGUCCAGAUUAUAGCAAUUAUGGCCGGUUUCAGGAUCCAUUCGAGCAUUUUUACGGUGCACACAAUUUCAACUUUCACGAUCAAGAUAUAGGCUUGUAUCAUCGCCUUUCCAUCACUACAAAGUAUUAUGAAACGAAUAUUUUGCCGAAAAGUCGGAUCAUACCGCAAAUAUUGAUGUUUUACGCUGAUUGGUGCUUUGCAUGUAUGAAAGCGGCAAAUUCUUUUAAAAAAUUAAUUGACACACUCGAGCCAUAUGGAGUGGUUUUUGCAACUGUAAAUGUCGGUCACGAAGAACAACUUGUACGGAAAGUCGGGGUACACUCACUACCAUGUGUGAUUAUGGUGUUAGAUGGCCAUAAUUACGUCUACAAAGACAGUGUUUUUAACGCACAACAUGUUGUGGAUUUUAUACGUCAGAAGCUACCAUACAAACUGUUGAUGCCAAUCACAGACAAUACACUUGAUACAUUUUUGGGAGGAUGGGCAGAUAAUCGUGUUCGUGCUCUCAUUCUUGAACCGAGAGUUCAACCUCGAUUGCGGUAUUUAAUAAUUGCAUAUUACUUUCGCGAACGUGUUGCAUUUGGUUUCGUGCAACUAAACUCGAGGGAAACAGCAAAUAUACAAGCAAAGUUUAAAGCUCAUUCCAACCUUGACACGUUGCUCAUAUUCAAUGAAUAUCCACCUCAACCGAUCGCUACAGUCACCAUGUCGGAUAUACCAACUACCACGUUGCACAACAUUAUAUCGCAUAACAAAUAUCUUAUACUUCCACGUCUAUCAUCUCAAGACAUGCUCGAUAGCGUUUGUCCUGCAGAAUGGAAUCGACCACGGAAGAGAUUGUGUGUGGUACUAGUCACGGAAAAUACCAGUUUGCAUGAUGGAGCACGCACAGUUAUGCGUAAAAUAGCACACGAAUCACUUUUUAGUCGAGAAAGAGUUCGAUUUGCUUACAUAUACCAAGAAAAACAAAACGAUUUUAUCUGUGCACUUUCUAAGCACAAUCAAUCUAAAGAAACGCUUUUGCAAAUUGUCAUCUUCUGGCGUCGAGAUACCAAACAAAUUCGCUACGAGUGGGUCCAGGAAAUUGUUCUACAAACAGAUAAAACACUAGAAAAUGAUACACAAGAGCAAUAUUUUAAUUAUACGAAACAGAAAAUGGAUACUGUAAUUCAUCGAUUGCUACGCUCUUCAGAAGCACUUAGCUAUGAAACCGAAGUGAAGGCUCUGUUAGAUGAGCAUGCCGAAAAUGCAGUGAUGCGAAUGUUAAAUCGUAUAUUGCUGGCAUUAGAAUAUAUGGUGGACAAUUUAGGACAGGAACACAUUCUUCCAGCGAUAUCUGUUAUCGGAACAGUGGCUUUUAUUCUUAUCAUUGGCUAUUUAAUGUCCUAUUUAUUACAUUUAGAGGAAGAAGACAUUCAGCUAAAAAAAAGCAAACAGGUGGACAAUUCUAAUGGAAAAACGUUAGGAUAUGUGCCGGAGCUCCGAUUACAUGAAUUACGAGCUGAAAAAUAUAACGGGCUGGUUCGUCUUCUUAAGCCUGGCUGUCGUACAAUAGUAUUACUCACUGAUUUGCAAUCGAGAUCGAAAUUGAUUCCUUCAUUUCAUAAAGCAGUGUGGCCCUAUCGGAAGAACAAAACAUUAAUGUUUGCUCACAUGCUAAUUGAAAAAGGUAUCGGAUGGUACGCAGAGUUGUUGCGUUUGUCACUGUCAGAAUCACGUGAGAUGAAAAUUAAUCCUCGAAACUGUGUUGGUACGGUCAUAGCUUUAAAUGGACAUCGGAAAUAUUUCUGCAUGUAUCAUGCUAAGCACCCUGAAUCGAAUCGUGGAGCAAAGCGCAUGAUAAAAAUAACUCGACAUCUCAGUUCCAUGCCAACUGAUCCCGAAGCUGGAGCAUUCCUCGGUAUGGAUAGCUCUGAUUCAGAAACUUCCAUGUCGGACAUAUACGAACCAAAAAUUCUUCUUGAAGAAAACCUUCUUGAUGGUUUACCAAACUGGCUUGAUCGCUUGUUUGAAGGAACUACGCAUCGAUAUUACAUCAACUAUUGGCCAGAUUUUACUUCGAAAUGAGAGCAAUGGAAAAUAUCUCACAAGCUAUGUUUUCUUUAGUAUCGCAGCUUUGUUUUCUCGAUAUUUUUUUCUCUCUUUACAUUCAUUUAGUUUAUUUCUUAUGUUCCGGUAGGUCUUAGCCUACCAGUACUUGCUUUCCUUGAAUUUAUUUUACCCGUUGCAGAACAACCAGUCCUGCGUACGGAGAUAUGGUCCCGAUGGGAUUCGCUAAGCCAUCCAAUACAGUACUAGUAAUGUUGUUACAAUUUUUCUCUAAUAGUGUUUUGUCGUGUCUUAUCAUCAUCAUCGGUACAAUCAUCGGUACUAGUCUAUGAUAGCGUUUACCAAACUAUAACAGAUGUUGCCUAUUAUACAAAUAAGCAUGCUUUCUCGCUCUGACUAACAAACGAUCAAAUCUAUCUAAGCGAAAGAGCAUGUGGAUUAAUCCAAUUGAGUUGCCUGUUAGAGUUUGGAAAUCGUUAUGUAUGUAAAUCUUAGAACCAGACUACUUUCGACUUUUGGAUUUGUUCCUACUCGAAUAGUUAGAUCUCAUUGCUCAUUGUGUAACAGCUUUGUACGCUGUAACUCUCCGUAUUUAUCAGGGAAGACAUCAAAUCGUAAUGUUAAAAGGCGAUAUUCAUCAUUUAAUGCAUCGUUUGUUGUUUUUCAUUAUUGAUCUAUUUUCUUUGUAUAAAGAUUUCAAGGUAUUAAGCUUAUCGUUCGGCCUAAUACAUUAUAAGCUGUAGGAUCGAAUAUUAUUCAGAUCAUGCUUUUUUGUAAAACAUUAUUUAUUUACUUAUUUAUUGCUUCACGAUUUACCGUCUCAAAAGUUAUUUUGAUUUCAUAAGGUAAAAUGUCUUUAAGAAUAAGAUUGGAAAUGCAUAGUUUUUCCGAUUUUGUUUAGUAAAAGGCGAAAAAUUUAUUCGACAACUGAAGAGCGAUCAGAUCAAGUUUUUCAGGUUUACUCGAGUAACAAAUAUUUCAUAUAUUAUGAGCAAAGUUUUCCUUUUUUUCAUUUAAACUGUUGAGGCAUUUAAGCUAAUUAUCGUUAUACAAAUAUUAGCGCUAAACUUAACUUUGAGUCAUUACAUACUGAUCUAGUCAAUAUUUUGUGCUAUUUUUUAAAAGAUACCGCUGUAAAGAAAAAGGUAUCUGCCUACUAUCGAAACUAACAACUCACUGACGAACCAUUUCCUUGUAGAAAUGAGUUACAUAGUAGUAACUCAUAAGUUAGAGAUUAUGAAGUAAUAAAAUGCUAUGUAAAGCAUAUGAGCCAAAGCCAACAUCAAGAUAUUAAGGUAAAAACCAUAAGACAUUACUAGGUUCAUUGGAAAAAAAGAUAUUAAAGAAGAUCACAUGCCGGCCAACAAUUUUGAACUUACCUGCAACUGCGUUGGAAGAUAGCAUUCAAGUAUGUAAUCUAUUUUGGUUUGUGAACUUCAUUACAUCGAUUUUUAAAGCGUGCAUUACUUUUAUUACUUGAAUGCUAUAUUAGUACUGUACCUUAAAUGUACUACAUUUAUGUUUUUAAUGUAAACAAUCCUUAAGCGUGAGACACAUAAAGAUCCAUAGUAAUAUAGAUUAAUGACAUCGAUCCGUACAUAGUUCGAAAACUAGUAGUCAUUUGUAAUUUUUCAAAACUCAAUAAAAGACCAAUGCAAAUCAAAAUGUUGAUCAAAUGGUGAUUAAAACUAACAA